UCUCGUAUCUGCGGCGGGCACCCGAAACACGGUGCGCGGAACCGCAAUCCAUAAAGUCCAGGGUUAUCCAUACGGGUGGGGUCGCGUGCCGACUCGAGUAUAUAAGCCGGAUCCGUAGAACUCUUCUGCACAACGAAUCCGUCUUCUCAUCACUGCAGAUAAAUCGAAUUCUACAGCUGACAAACAACAAAUCCGCAAACCACCAUCAUGAACACAUUCGUCAAAUUAUUCGUCGUGCUGGCCGUGGCCGUAGCUCUGGCUAAAUGCGAAGAAGCCAAAAAAGAAACCAAAGUGGUCGAAAAACGAUCUGACAAAUCCGAUCUGACACCAGCUGCCACUGGACGAUUCUUCUCGGGCGGUUACAACAGUUAUCCGACCGGAUACAGCAGCGGAUACAACGGCGGUUACAACGGCGGAUACAACAGCGGUUACAGCAGCUACCCGUACAACAGCUACAACGGCGGUUACAACAGCUACCCGUCGUCGUCGUACGGCAGCUACCCGUCCACGUACAACGGCUACUCGUCCGGCUACGGCAGCGGCUACAACAGCGGUUACGCCAAGUACCCGAGCAGCGGUUACGGUAACAACUACUACGGUGGAUACGACCAGGGUUACAACAAGUACCCGUCCGCAUACUCGUACAGCAACAGCUACAACUACCCGGGAUCGUACAGCUCCGGAUACGGUCACAACAGCUACUACGACAACGACAACUACGGUGUCCACGGUUACAACAGCGGUUACAAGGGCUACAACUCGUACCCACAGUCCACCGGUUACGGUUACAACAAAUGGUAAUCAGCACCCGUUUUCGAUCGUUUCUCAUAUACAUAUAGGUACCGACGCGACGACAUAACUUGAUGGAAUAUUUCACUUUUUUUUUUCUUACGAGUUUUUUUUCCAAUGCGAAAACAAAAUUCUGAGUUCAUUUCUUUUAAUGACAUGUAAAAAACCUUAUAUUAUUCGUGUAUUUUUAUGUAAUAUGUAUAUAUAUAUAUACAUAAUAUAAAUAUUUUAAUUUAUUGUCUUCCAAUUUUUAUAUAUAUAUAAUGUACGUAUAUAUGUAAUAAAUAAAAUGCGUUUUAAAAAGUA